GUUCUGCCCACUGCCUUAUCAAGGUGUUUGUAUUUAGUGGCCAUCGCUCUGCAGUUGUUUGAAUCACUCGCUUUUUAUUUUCGUUGAUUCAUUGGUUUCUCUUGAAUUGUGAAACAUGAGCACAUGGAAUGUUGAAUACUUGAAGCCCACCCUGUUAACUCCUGUUCCAUCGGAUAUUGCUAUUUCGAGAGCUCAACCACCAAAGGACAUCGAAAAGGUAGCUGGGGAAAUUGGAAUCAAACAAGAAGAGCUUGACCUUUAUGGACGCAAGAAGGCAAAGGUUUCUCUUGACAUUUUGGAUAGACUGAGCGAGGUUAAAAAUGGAAAGUACGUUGUAGUUGCUGGUAUUACGCCAACACCUCUUGGAGAAGGAAAAUCCACAACGACAAUCGGACUAGUUCAAGCUCUCGGAGCUCAUCUUCACAAAAAGGUGUUCGCAUGUGUACGCCAGCCAUCGCAAGGACCAACGUUUGGAAUUAAAGGAGGAGCUGCUGGAGGAGGAUACUCUCAGGUUAUUCCGAUGGAGGAGUUCAAUCUUCAUUUGACAGGAGAUAUCCAUGCAAUUACUGCAGCCAAUAAUCUUCUUGCUGCUGCAAUCGAUGCUAGAAUGUUCCAUGAGUCAACCCAAGCAACUGAUGCACUAUUCAACAGAUUGGCACCAAAGAACAAGAAGGGAGUCCGCCCACUUUCGGAGAUCCAACUUCGUCGCCUCGACCGUCUUGGAAUCCCACGUGUAGAUGAUGCUGAAAAUCUUAGCGAAGAGCAGAGAGUUAGCUUUGCUCGUCUCAACAUAGAUCCUGCAACUAUCACCUGGAACCGUGUGAUGGAUACGAACGAUAGAUUCUUAAGAAAGAUUGAAAUUGGAAUGGGACCGAAUGAGAAGGGACACACCCGAACUACUCAGUUUGAUAUUACUGUUGCUAGUGAGCUCAUGGCGAUUCUUGCGUUGACAACUUCUCUCGCUGAUAUGCAAGAAAGAAUUGCACGAAUUGUGAUCGGAUCCGACAAGGCUGGCAAUCCAGUAACCGCUGAUGAUAUUGGAGUAACUGGGGCUUUGACAGUUCUUAUGCGAGACACCGUUCGCCCAAACCUGAUGCAAACUUUGGAGGGUACUCCGGUUUUUGUCCAUGCCGGACCCUUCGCUAAUAUUGCACAUGGACAAAGCAGUAUUCUUGCUGACAAGGUUGCUUUGAAACUUGCCGGACCCGACGGAUUUGUGAUCACUGAAGCUGGAUUCGGAGCCGAUAUCGGAAUGGAGAAGUUCUUCAACAUCAAGUGCCGUUACUCGGGACUUCAGCCAUCAGCAGUUGUCCUUGUAGCAACUGUAAGAGCUCUUAAGAUGCAUGGAGGUGGUCCAUCUGUUGUAGCAGGAGCUCCACUGAAACACGAAUACCUUGACGAAAACAUUCCACUUGUUGAAGGAGGAUGCGAUUCAAAUCUUAGAAAGCAGAUUGAGAAUGCAAACAAAUUUGGAAUCCCUGUUGUUGUCUGCGUGAACAAGUUCGCAACCGAUACCGACAAGGAGUUGGAACUUGUUUGCUCCAAGGCCAAGGAAUACGGAGCAUUUGAUGCAGUGGUUUCCGAACACUGGUCACAAGGAGGCGCUGGUGCGGUUGCUCUCGCCAAUUCUCUGGUCAAUGCUACAACUGGACAUCCAAAGCAAUUCAAAUUCCUUUACAACCUGGAUUUGUCAUUGGAAGACAAGAUCGCUACUAUCGCCAAAGAAAUCUAUGGUGCUGAUGGCAUUGAACUAUCUGACGAGGCCAAACAGAAAUUGGAAAGAUACACAAGACAGGGAUUCUCGAAGUUGCCAAUUUGUAUGGCAAAAACUCAUUUGUCCCUUUCAUCAGACCCAACAAAGAAGGGUGCUCCAACUGGUUUCACACUUCCGAUUCGCGACGUGCGUGCAUCCGUUGGAGCUGGAUUCAUUUACCCAUUGGUUGGUGAAAUGACCACAAUGCCAGGACUCAACACUCGUCCGUGCUUCUACGACAUCACCAUUGACCCAGUCACUGAGAUCAUUGAUGGGCUAUUCUAAACAAUGCUUUCAUACUUCUUUCUACAGAUUAUUUGUGAUAUGCGUAACAUUGUGAUUUUAUAUAAGAAUUUAAUACUGAAAUUGUAAAUAAAAAGAGUAUAUAAGAGCAUAUUUUUUGAAGACCAAUAAAAUUGAAUUAAAAAAAA